AUGGCACCAAAGAGAAAGGCAUCCAACUCUUUGAGUUCAAAUAAACAAAAGAAAACUUCAAAUCAGAAAAAAAGUGCUAUAUUAUCCGUAGAAGAAAUACAAAAUCUUGGGGAUCAAAUAAGGACCUCAUCGAAGCAUUAUAACAACUUUGUACAAUUAUUAGAACAGUAUACCCACAUCAAGAAGGAGUUAUCAGAGAGAGAAUCAGAGGAAAUAGAAACUAUAGGUCGUCAACUUUCUAUUACGUUAUAUAAAUGUUUCCAAUACUUACUUAAAAAUGACGAGAUGAAAAAUAAGAAAUCUCAUGAUGACAAGAAGAAAAUGGUAGUAAAGUGGCUUUUGGAUAAGUACGAUGCAUUCAAGAAGAUCAUAAACGAGUUUAUUGUACAAAGAUUGGCAUUUGAAACGUCAUUACAGGUUGACUUAUUAGAAAUAGGAUUAAACUUGGUGAAGUUGGAGAGUGCAUGCAUGAAAUCAGGCGAGAACGAUUUAUAUUUCCCUACAUUGACAUACAAAGGAUUAGUGGAAGCAUUGUUGUUAAGCGAGAAUGGAGAGAUUGAUUCCAAUGGAUCUACGGAGAAUUUCAUUAUUUUGGAAUUUAUUGAGAAGUUUAAGAAGAAUUGGGACUUACAGUUCUAUUUUGUCAACAACUUGCAUGAGACAUUAAAUGUAUGGAAAGCAGAAAAGACGACUUCACAAUUGAGAAUGAUAUUCGCUAACUUUUACUGCAUAUUCAAGAACCAAUUAUUAUUCACGCCUGAAACAGAAGUCCUUGAACAAGAAAAGACGUGGAUUAAACAUCAGCUCCCUUCGAUAGCAUACAAAAUAUCACAGUUUAAAAUGCAAUACCAGAAGUGUAUCAUUGCUAUAUUAUCAUAUCCAUUACUAAUUUCCCAAUACAAAUCAAUUUUGCUCAUUUUGCACAAAAGAGUGAUUCCAUACAUGGCUCAACCUCAGAGUUUGAUGGAUUUCUUAACUGACUCGUACGAUGUUGGUGAAGAUGGAGUUGUGCCUAUUCUUGCGUUGAACUCUUUGUACGAACUUAUGAAAAGAUACAACUUGGAAUAUCCUGAUUUCUACACAAAGUUGUACUCCUUAUUGACACCAAACUUAUUGUACACUCGUUACAGAUCCAGGUUCUUCAGGUUAUGUGAUUUGUUCCUUUCGUCCACUCACUUGUCUGCCAAUUUGAUUGCAUCCUUCAUUAAAAAAUUGGCCAGAUUAUCUAUAACGUCGAGUGCGUCGGGUGUGGUCAUAGUUAUCCCUUUCAUCUAUAACUUGUUAAAGAGACAUCCUUCGUGUAUGAUUAUGUUGCACAACCCUGAUAUUUCCGCUGCACAAUAUGAAGAUACCUUCAACAAUGACGAAACGGAUCCUUUGAAAACUGGUGCGAUGGGCUCAUCCUUAUGGGAAUUGGAAGCCUUGAUGUCCCAUUACCAUCCAAAUAUUGCUACGUUGGCUAAAAUAUUCGGCGAGCCGUUUAAAAAGCUCAACUACAAUUUGGAAGAUUUCUUGGACUGGAGUUAUAUAUCUUUGUUAGAUAGUGAAAAGAAUAGAAGAUACAAGACUCUUGUUGCUCUAGAAUUCGAGGAAUGGGAUAUGUUAUUCGAUGCUAAAGACAGACCCGACAGUACUUCAGUUUAUGCUAAGGGCUGGUGCUUGUGA